AUGACGGCUCCAGACGCCAUAACUCUGACCAUAGAAUAUAGACAGGGUCUUGAAGACGCGGAUGCGGUGGAAUCUACGCUAAAGGAGGAUAAUAGAGCGCUGGAGACGACGUUUGACGUUGACUUUUUAUCUCAACCAUACGCUCCCCCUACGCCAUUCCUGGAGUUUGAGGGUCUUUCUCUAGGCGAUGUUGCGGAGGGAUUCGAGUCUGAGCUUUACAGGAUUCGUCUAGGAGGCACUCGUGUUUCUUCUUUAUGUCCAAAGUGUUUUGUCGCCAUUUACGGCUGCUUGGUCCCGCCCGUUGAUUUGAAGCCUCUGCUGUGCGGAAAAAGUCGUGAUGAGGUUUGUGAGAAGCUUACCAGGCUCAAGGGCUCCUACUCCCUCAUUUACAUCUCGUUCCACAUGGGUCACAUUUACGUCUGCAAGGAUGAAUAUGGUUAUAAAUCAUUGCUCUUUCGUGUUGAUAAGCACGAAAUUACAGUCUCAAAUGUAGCUCUAGAUACCAGUAGUCGUUGGUACGAAGUACCUCCAUUUAAACUAUUGGUGAUUGGAAAUGCAGUGUCUUUUCUUCCUAGAAGAGAUUACUAUCUAUCGCAGUUGCUCAAGGCUCGGUUUACCAGGUUGGAUGAUUUAGUGGAGGAUAUAGUAUUAAAUUCCAUCGAUUCCAUCAAGAAGGCGCUGGUAGAGAGCGUUUUAGACGUUUGUUCUAGACGCAGAGAAAAAGAUUUCGUCACCAUCCUAUUCUCUGGUGGUCUAGACUCUGCACUUAUUGCCAGAAUUGUCGCAGAACAUCUCAAAGAUACAACUAUAGAGCUCAUUAAUGUAUCAUUUGAUCCAGCGACAUCUCCGGAUCGGAUAACAUCGCUUUACACAUACAGUGAACUUGUGGAAAUGUUUCCAAACUCAGACAUACGUCUUGUCUGCAUAGAUGUGAAUCAGGACGAAUACGUACAGGAUGAGGAAAAGAUUUAUGGCUUGUCAUACCCAAACGAUACUCACAUGGAUGUGAACAUUUCAGCAGCGCUUUACUACGCCUCUAGGCUAAAGGGGUUUCUCUGCGACAAGUCAUUCCUCCAGUCUAGCUUUUGGCAGACAUUUAGAAGCGAUUUAGCUGUUGCAAAGUCAGUGAAUUUCAAAGUCACCGUUAGUAGGGCAAAGUCGGCUGAUUUUCCGGAGCAAGAAUCAUCUCGUUCUGCAGUGACUCAAUCCCAAUCUACAGAAGGACAAGCUCUUCCAUUCCUUAAAAAGUGCGGUGAACAGCCGUAUUCUUCACAUUCUACUGACGUAUUGGUGGGAAGUGGAGCAGAUGAGCUCUUUGGGGGAUAUGGAAGACAUGUGACUAGUCAGGCGUUUCAAGACUGCAAAGAGCUUGGAGAGGAAAUUGCCAAGGACUUGAAUAGAUUGUGGAAGCGAAAUUUGGGUAGGGACGACAGGGUUCUAAAUGAGAAUGGAGUGAGGGCACUCUAUCCAUUCUUGUCUCCACUAGUGCUAGAGACAGUCACAAAACUCCCCUUUACCUCUGCCAGCAUAGUGGACAUUCUAAGCUCUCCAAAGUGGUUUCAUGAGCUCUGCAUAUACAAGUCAAUAGACUAUGGUGUAUUGAGAAAUUCUGAGUUUUUAGGGGCUGAAAAUAGGCCCGUUUCUGUGUACAUUAACAAGUGGAUAUUGCGUGAGAUUGCUCUGCAACUUGGUUUAAAAUCUUGUGCUACUUUUAAAAAAAGGGCUAUACAAUUUGGCACGAACAGUGCCAAGAAUUUUAAUAGACUUCAUAACAUGUCAAAUCGACAGGCUAGAAACAAGGGAGCGGCUGUCUAUGGGUCAAUGGGCUUUAAUGUCAACUAG